UCCUCUUCCUCUCCCUUUUCCUCUCCUUCCUCCUCCUGCUGCUGCUCGGCGGCUGUCAGUGGGUGCAGUGCAGUGUCCGCAGCACACAUCACACAUCACACGUGUGGUCAGCGGGCAGAUCGUCCGCAUCGUCGGUUGUAACCGCGGGAGAUGACAGCGGAAGUGAGAGCGUGAGGGUGAGACACGACGACGAGACGCAACAUGACGGUGGACUUUGAGGAAUGUAUCAAAGAUUCUCCCCGCUUCAGGGCUGGCAUCGAUGAUGUGGAGACCGACGUGGUGGAGAUCGAGGCCAAGCUGGACAAGCUGGUGAAGUUGUGCAGCGGCAUGAUCGAGGCGGGCCGAGCCUACGUGGGCGCCAACAAGCUCUUUGUCAACGGCAUCAAGGAUCUGUCCCAGCAGUGCAAGGACGAGGAGAUGAUAUCAGAAUGCCUGGAAAAGUGUGGCGAGAGCCUGCAGGAGGUAGUCAACUACCACAUGAUUUUGUUUGACCAGGCCCAGCGGUCCAUCAAGCAGCAGCUGCAUGCCUUCAUCAAAGAGGACGUGCGCAAGUUCAAGGACACCAAGAAGCAGUUUGAGCGGGUGCGAGAGGACAUGGAGCUGGCUCAGGUGAAGAACGCCCAGGCUCCCAGGAACAAAGUCCACGAGGCAGAAGAGGCCACGCAGGCCCUCGUCCUCAGCCGCAAAGCCUUCAGACACCUGGCCUUGGACUAUGUCCUCCAGAUCAAUGUGCUGCAGGCCAAGAAGAAGUUUGAAAUCCUGGAUGCGAUGCUGUCCUUCAUGCGGGCCCAGUACUCGCUUUUCCAGCAAGGCUUCCACAUCCUGGACCAGAUCGACCCCUACAUGAAGAAGCUGGCUGCACAGCUGGACCAGCUGGUCAUCGACUCGGCCGUGGAGAAGAGAGAGUUGGAGCACAAACAUGCUGUCAUCCAGCAGAGGACUCUGAUGCAGGACUUUUCCUACGAUGAGCCCAAGUUGGAGUUGAAGGUGGAGGCCCCCAAUGGUGUGGUCAUGGAGGGCUACCUCUUCAAGAGGGCCAGCAACGCCUUCAAGACCUGGAACAGGCGCUGGUUCUCCAUCCAGAACAGCCAGCUGGUGUACCAGAAGAAACUUAAGGACUCCUUGACCGUGGUGGUGGAAGACCUGAGACUUUGCUCAGUCAAACCAUGUGAAGACAACGAGAGGAGGUUCUGCUUCGAGGUGGUCUCACCCACCAAGAGCUGCAUGAUGCAGGCGGAGUCCGAGAAGCUGCGGCAGGCGUGGAUCCAAGCAGUCCAAGCCAGCAUUGCCUCCGCUUAUAAAGACAUCGCUGAUAACUACUACAUUGAGCGUCUGGACCGGACUGCCUCACCGUCCACCAGCAGCAUCGACUCUGCCAGCGAGCCCAGAGAGCGAAGUGAGAGGGUGGACAAGGUGCACCGUGGAGGUGAGAGGGUGGACAAGGUGUACCGUGGAGGCGGUGAAGGUCUCCUGCAGCGUGUGCAGAACCUGGCGGGCAACGAGCGCUGUUGUGACUGUGGGCAGACCGCCCCCUGCUGGGCCUCCAUCAACCUGGGAGUGCUGCUGUGCAUCGAGUGCUCGGGGAUCCACAGGAGUCUUGGGGUCCACUGCUCCAAAGUGCGCUCAUUGACUCUGGACUCUUGGGAACCAGAACUCCUGAAGCUCAUGUGUGAACUGGGCAACACUGUGGUCAACCACAUUUACGAGGGAGCGUGCCAGGAUCUGGGGGUGAAAAAACCCGGAGCCUCCAGUCCCAGGCAGGAGAAGGAAGCCUGGAUUAAGUCCAAGUACGUGGAGAAACGUUUCCUGAAGAAGAUGAGCGGCGGCCAGGCCUUGGUGGAGGACCAGAGGAAGUCCAGACCUUGGACUGUGAAGAAGUGCCAGCGACACAACAGUUCGCUUCGGGCGCCAAACAAAGUCCGCAGGAAAUACCAGCGCUACGAGCCCGGCUGUGCCUCACCCGCUAAUCUCUCUGCGGCGACUGCAGCCAAGUUUCGCCGGGAUUCGUUGUUCUGUCCGGAUGAGCUGGAUUCUCUCUUCUCCUACUUUGACACCGGCUCCGGUCCACGCAGUCUGAGCAGCGACAGCGGCCUGGGAGGAAGCACUGAUGGCAGCACGGACGUCCUGCUCUCGGCUUCUGUGGUGGACAGCGUCACAGAAGAAGAAGAGGAGUCCGAGGAGUCCUCCAGCGGCGAGGUGGAGAUCGAACAAGAAGUCCCUUCGGACCCCGAGGACCCGAGGGAGCUCCACCCCGGCGCGCUCCUCCUGCGUUCCUCGCGCCUGCACAACUUGGCCCUCAUGGCGGAGGCGCUGGCGCACGGGGCGGACGUCCACUGUGCCAGUGAGGAAGAGGACGGGAGAACGCCCCUCAUACAGGCAGUGCUGGGGGGCUCCUUGAUAGCGUGUGAGUUCCUGCUGCAGAACGCCGCCGACGUCAACCAGAGGGACAUGAGGGGGCGUGGCCCGCUGCAUCACGCCACCUACCUGGGACACACCGGCCAGGUGUGUCUGUUCCUGAAGAGGGGGGCGUCGCAGACGGAGGUGGACGAGAAAGGUCAUGACCCCCUCAGCAUCGCCGUGCAGGCUGCCAACGCUGACAUCGUCACCUUGCUGCGGCUGGCCAGGAUGAACGAGGAGAUGCGUGAGUCGGAGGAGAGUGGGCUGGGUCAAGCAGGUCAAUACUCCAGCAGCAGUCCCACAGAGCAGCAGUACAGGAAGUGCAUCCAGGAGUUCAUCUGCCUCACCAUAGAGGACUUCUAGUCACCUCACUCACCUCCUGUCCUGGAUGGACCUUUUCUAACUCCUCCCACUCAGCCUUGGCCUCCUCACACACUGUCCUCCUUCUCGCGGGGCUGCGGGUACCUGCCGCUCGCUACAUUAACCCUGCCUGCAUCACAGCACAUCAUAGCAGCUGUGCAAAUGUGAAGGGGAAGUGCACUCUUUGCCCGUCAAGCACCAUCCUUGCAGCACACUUCUCUUCUUCUCCUUCUCAGUCGUCAUGGAUGACAGCAAAAGUCUGCCAGCAAGUAAAUAGUCAAUAAUGACAGAUAACUAUUUACUAAAUAGUCAAUAAUGACAGAUAACUAUUUACUAAAUAGUCAAUAAUGCCGGAUAACUAUUUAGUAAAUAGUCAAUAAUGACAGAUAACUAUUUACUAAAUAGUCAAUAAUGACAGAUAACUAUUUACUAAAUAGUCAAUAAUGACAGAUAACUAUUUACUAAAUAGUCAAUAAUGCCAACAAAAGUCAGUUGAUGUAAAUGAUACACAUCAUACAGUUGAUGUAGAUGAUACACAUCAUACAGUUGAUGUAGAUGAUACACAUCAUACAGUUGAUGUAGAUGAUACACAUAGUUGAUGUAGAUGAUACACAUCAUAUAGUUGAUGUAGAUGAUACACAUCAUACAGUUGAUGUAGAUGAUACACAUCAUACAGUUGAUGUAGAUGAUACACAUCAUAUAGUUGAUGUAGAUGAUACACAUCAUAUAGUUGAUGUAGAUGAUACACAUCAUAUAGUUGAUGUUACACAUCAUAUAUGAUACAAAUCUUCUACUUAAGCGGGCUCGAACCUGCUUUUCUCCAGCAGCCGGGUCUGGGCAGCACACAUAGACACGCCCUUCCUCUCGCUCUACUUAUCAUUUGGUAACACACACUACAGCAAACCAUACACAUAGCCUCACACAAACACUCUUGGGUUUUGUCACACACACCACUCUAUAGUUAUUAGUUAGUAUUAUUUUAUUAUUUUAUAUAUAUAUAUAUAUAUAUAUAUAUAUAUAUAUAUAUAUAUAUAUAUAUAUAUAUAUAAAACACAUCAUAGAACUUUACUGUCCCCUGGUGUCUGUGCCGUCAACUCCUUUUAGCAAACAUUGCACAUUCCAACUCUUUAUUAACCCGAGGUAACACAAUCCGGCGAUAAGAUUGAAAAGAGCUGGCGCUGCUAACUGCUAAAGCUAACAACUCGAUGACGUCACUAGACAACUGCACAAAUUUCAAGGUUUUUAUUUUUUCUAAGUAACGUAUAAAUUACUUUCCCUUGUAACAGAAUACAUUUUUCAAAGAGUAAUUCCGUUAGUAAUUCAAUUACUUUUUUGGCAAGGUAAGGAGUAACUAAGAUUACUUUCUAAAAGUAAUUUUCAGAACACUGGUACAGCAAAAUGUACCAAUUUUCCGAACUAAUUGUAACACUUAACGUAUUUAAGUCAUGAUAUUGUUUGGAUGUUAUCUAGAGGGCGCCAUGAGGACUUCCUACUGACUAUUGGAAGCUGACUUCUAUGUCGGAGAUAGCAAACAUGUGUUCUUGUCUCUCAUACAGAUGGUGAACUACAGGCCAAAAAGUGCAGUUCCCCUUUAAGAAGUGUCUGACCUUUCUAGCGAGUAACAUUUAGAACGCUGUCAUAAACACCAUUAAAGCUGUGACUAAGAGUUAAAUAAUAGGAUCAAACAUUUGUGUAAAAGAAAGACUUGUGAAAAAGAAGUGUUGACUUUACGUGAUUUAUGUCGGCCGGUUUCCCCAAAACAUAUUCCUUCAAUCGAAUGCUAGCUUUGCUUUGUUGUUGAGCUAACAGUGGAUUUGAAACAAUGCUAAUAGUGUGCUAGCUAGGCUAACAAAGGUAACGUUCACUUGACUUGCUAACAACAGGUGGAGUGACAACACCUCCACUCUCCUCUCUUUCUGGAGUUACAACGUCGUAUUUGACCAUGUGGUGUUUACAGUCGAGUACACCGAGGCCUCGAGUCCACACCAGUAUACAUUUGUGUCGCCUGGUCACUAAAUCAUUUUGCCUUUUAACGGAAGUGAAAUGUGCAGGUUUGCUAAAUGUAAACUGAAAUGAUGCUAAAAUGUUGCUAGCAGACGAGCCCUGCUAACUUUGCUAACACCAGCUCCCUGUCCUGGUAAUGUUCACUCACCAAGCACAAAGGUCUACUUUUUAACCAAUGCAGCAGAACUCUUUCGGCAGGGAACCCGCUAACUCGUAUUUGCUAAACUUGUAAAAAAAAAAAAAGUGUUUAUGAAGUUGAGUACAGUGAGGCCAUCUCCCCUUUAGUCUGCCAAAAAAGGAAUUUUCUGGAAUAUAUUUUGUCACUUACUCAAAGAACUAAUCAUUAUUUUAUUUUCCUUUUCACAUGAGUGAAAUUAGCAGGUUAGAAAAUGUGAAUGUAGAUGAAACUAGCUAGCUAGGCUAAAGGCUAACAACAGCUUUCUUUCACCCACAAAUUCGUUUACUUUCCAACAAGUGAAGUCAGAACACGUCCACUCUUUGUGGAGUUAAAGCCACUCCCUUGUAUGUGCUAACGUAAUAAAACAAGUGUUUAUGAAGUCGAGUACAGUGAGGCAAGGUCGGGCCUUCUUUAGAGAAGACAUUUUAUGGAAUAUAUUUUGUGUGGCUUACUCUCUCAUUGUAAGAACUACAAAUUAUUUUCGUUUUUCCUUUUAAGGUCAUUGAAAUUAGCUGGACUAGUAAAAUAUGAUAGUAAUCUGGACCAUGCUAACGUUGCUAACAUGGCUAAACUUCUGGGUGACACACAGUAACUGUGUUUAGUAGCGUAGCCUGCUUAGUUAGCACAAACGUUAUUUAUCCAACUUGACCUUCUGAUCUUUUCUUUGGUUUAUGUCUUCUCUCGUGGUGACCUAACUCCAGGAAGAGACGUCACAACCGGCUGACUUUGACGUUAAAAGUCGACAUUUUCCUUUUUUCCCCCCGAAUGCUGAAACUCUGCACUUUUUCCACCUUCAGUGUUAUUUUGUUUCCAUUCGACUUUGUAAUGUUGAUGUUGAUGUUCAUGUUGAUGUUGAUGCGUCACGGAGGAUGAGUGCAAUGAUGAAGUUUUUACCGUAGUCUUUGUUUUUGAAAGAUUGUCUCAAACUAUUGCUGGAAAUGAAGUGUUUGACUACUA